UCCCGGCAAGGCGGGCGGCGGGCGGCGGGCGGCAUGGGGGCCGUGCGGGCGCUGAGCGGCCUUUUCGCCGUCUACAAGCCGGCCGGCGUCCACUGGAGGAGAGUCCGGGACGCUGUGGAAGCCAGGCUGCUGAAAGACCUUAAUUCUUCAGAACGUCCAAUUCCUCAACACCAAGUCCGCUUUCUACCCAGUGUUACCCAGGCUGAAAAUGGCACAGAAACCAACCUGACUGUGGUACAGCUACCAGUCCUGGCCAACCAUCCUCGAGUUACAGGUCCUAAGUUUGUUCAUUUGAAGGUGGGAGUUGGUCACCGUUUGGACUGGCGAUCCUCCGGGGUCUUUGUGCUUGCAGUUGGCAGUGGCAACAAGCAGUUAUCUUACCUCCACGACUGUCAUCUGACCAAGGAAUACACUGUAAAAGGCAGCUUUGGAACAGCAACAGAGGAUUUUUCAGACACGGGCAGACUGAUUGAGAGAACAACUUAUGAUCACAUCACGCGGGACCGAUUGGAGCGCAUCAUCGCUGUGAUCCAGGGCAGCCACCAGAAAGCUCUGAUAAUGUAUUCCGGCAUUGAUUUGAAAAGCCAAGAGGCGUACGAGCUUGCAUGUCGGGGGAUGUUGCAUCCACUGAACAAAUCCCCUCCCAUCAUCACUGGCAUUCGAUGUAUAGAGUUCUCCCUUCCGAAUUUCAGUUUGGAGGUCCGAUGUGUGCACGAGACCCAGCAGUACCUGCGCAAGAUUGUCCAUGAGAUAGGGUUGGAGCUGAAAGCUUCGGCAGUUUGCACCAGUGUGCAACGCACACGUGAUGGAAUUUUCACACUGGACGAUGCAUUGAUCAGAACAAACUGGAAACUGCAGAGUAUAGCCAUUGCAGUUCAACGCAGCCAGCCUAGAGUGCAAGCUGCACUCCAAGAGCACCGUUGGAGACUCACUGACAUCUCGAAGGAAGACGUGUCCACUGGAGACAAAGCCAGAGUCCUAGAGAGGUGUCGAGUGCCCACAGCAACAGGGAGCUGACUGGCUGCACUGUGCACACUGUCGUGGUUACAGGACCUUGACAUCAGCUCCAUCGAGGUUCACUGAAGGAGAUCAUGAGUAAAACAGUUUGUAUUAAGAACUGCGGGGUAUUUGCCCAAGACUCUUCAAUAUCAGUAUCGUGCCUUUCAUUAGGAUAACUGAGAAACUCAUGAUUUGGACCAAUAAAUGUUUUCUAAAUCAAA